GGAGUUCAGGCCAAGGCCGUCUGGCUGACAUAAAGUGUCUUUCCCGUUGCAUGGCUGUCUGGCUGGAAGGGGUCCUGUCACAAGGAACAAGUCACCCAGGGCCUGGUGGUCUGACUGUUGUAAAAACUUUGAGAUAACAUUAUCAAACAGUACAUUUUCCUGUGUCUACAAGACUGAUUCUUUAACAUUCCUUAGAAUCCAAUGACAAGGCUAAAAGGCACAGGGUUGAGUGUGGAGAGCCAAGAUGUCUGUUUACUAGCAAUCCUAUAUAUUGGCUGAUGCUCCCAGAUGGGGGAAAUGAGUCACAUAGUUUAGUUACUUGUUACUUGGUAACAAGUCACAGGAAGACUUCAUAUACUCAACCAUUCUGUGAUUAAAAAUGCAUUUACUUUCUAAGAGCAAUUUGCUUCCCCUUCCUUUUUUUUUUGGGGGGGGGAAGAGUCUUCUCUAGGAGUCAACUAAUGAGAAUCUGAGAACCACUGGCAUGUUGGCACGUCACACAGCCCCCUGAGAUACAUUUUUCUUUUUCUGUACUCAGCCUCUCCCCCCAAAUUUGUGCUCCUUAUUCUUGUGGUUCCAAGGUCUUUAUAUUCAUUAAUAUUGCCAUAAUGUUUUUUUUUUAGUAGUCUUUUAGUGGAGGUGCUCAAAUAAUUUAAUGCUUGUAUUUGAUUUACUGUAUGCUUUAAAGCAGGUUCUCUCAAAUGUUAAAUUACUAUGGGAACAAAUAAAUUGCUAAUUAAAGCAUGGGUGUGUAUAAGAAAUCGGAAUUGAGAAACAGCUUUGAAAAAAGAUUCAGGAACAGUGAAUUGAAGACAGAAAAGCAAUUAAGAGUCAGGUGGCAACAAGAGUUAUGUAGCUAGGUAGAGCACCCUCCAUCAAUUAUGGUAAUAGGUGGCAGCUCUUAGCAGAGCUUGAAUAAAUGGAGAAGCUUAGGGAUGAAACUAAACCAAACCUGACCCAGGAGAGAGAACUAGUGUAUAAGGUAGGGGGCAAAACAAAGACACUGUGUCAGAAAUAUUACCCUGCACUUGGGUGCCAGGUAAGCAAUGGAGCGCUUUGUGCGUGUUCCCUAUGGCUUGUACCAGGGAUAUGGGAACACAAUGCCCUUGGGCCAGCCUGGACUCUCUGAGCACAAACAGCCUGACUGGAGGCAAAACACUGGCCGCCCCACUUUCCUGGCCAGGCCAGGGCUGCUGGUGCCUGCAAACACGUCUGACUGCUACAUGGACCCUUACAAGAGGGCGCAGCUUAAAGCUAUUCUCUCCCAGAUGAACCCCAACCUGAACCUGCGCUUAUGCAAAGCCAACACCAAGGAGAUGGGUGUGCAGGUGAGCCCUCGUGUGGACAAGUCCGUGCAGUGCUCACUGGGGUCACGCACCCUACGCAGCCUCUGUCCUUUGAACAGUACCGGUCACAAGACACCCCCACCAGCCUGGGGUGCCUCUUCACUAGUGGUCAGCCACAGGAGUGUCAACCAAGUGUGGAAGGAUGGGGACGACAAGGAGAAGGCUCUUUCAAGUCCUGUGGAAGCCAAGCAGCAGCAGCAGCCAAAGUCAGAAGAGGAGAAGCAGGAGAAUCUCUUGCCACAGGAUGACUUGGGGGAGAAAGGUGCGGGGGAUCCACCAGAAAAAAAGAAUAUGGGAGCCCAGGAUGACACCGUUCAUCAGCAUGGGAAACCCAACUUCCAGUUUCUGGAGCCAAAAUAUGGCUAUUUUCACUGUAAAGAUUGUAAGACCAGAUGGGAGAGUGCUUAUGUAUGGUGUAUUUCUGGAACCAAUAAGGUUUAUUUUAAACAGCUCUGUUGCAAAUGCCAAAAGAGUUUCAACCCUUAUCGAGUAGAAGCAAUCCAAUGUCAGACCUGCUCAAAAUCUCGUUGCUCCUGUCCUCAAAAGAAAAGACAUAUUGAUCUAAGGAGGCCUCAUCGACAGGAACUCUGUGGUCGCUGCAAAGACAAGAGAUUCUCCUGUGGCAAUAUUUACAACUUCAAGCACAGCAUCUGACAGACAGUAUGUCUUGUACAGGAUACCUGAACCCUUUUUUGUAACUACUUUACUGUUCUACUAUUAUGCAGUUUAGCCCUGACCUAUUAUUAAACAUGGAUUAGGCUUUUGUACUUUUGUAUAAGAGUUGUACAGUGUGAAUAGGGUAAA